AUGCGGCUGUCCGCGCAGACACGAACCGUCCCUCCCCGGCUCCCACUGCGCGCCCGGUGCUUCCGCGAGCAGGGCUGGAGGGGGGCAGGGCCCCCGGCGCGGGAGGCGCAGAGCCCUGAGGUCCCGGGGCUCUUUGUCCCUCUCCGCCUCGAACAGCUUCCCUCGCCCCAGUCCCCUCCCCCUGCUGUCCCCGCCUUUGUUCUCUCCCCACCUCCACCGCACUCUUCAUCUUCCCGGCCACUCGCGCCCCGUGCCCUCCCCGCUCCUCCGCCUUCCCCGGGGUCCCUUCGGCGCACGAGGGGAACCCCGGCCGCUGGUCGCAGCCCCGCGCACGCGCACAGCCGCCGGCUUUCCCGAGGCCGCCUCCGCCCCCGCACUGCGGCCCGCGCGCCUGGUUGUCAAGGCGACGGUGGGGGCCGGAGCGGGAACCCCGGGAAGACCCCGCUCGUGCUCCCUCCUCUGCCACCCCUUCGCGAACCCCACUCCGGUUUGAGCCGGUUUCCCCGCCCCGCCUCCACUGCGCACUGUGGCGGGAGAGGAUUCCCUGGCCCCGCAGGUGAAGGGGGAGACCGGUGGGGGUCCGCGCAUGCGCCCCGCUUCUCCCGCUCCGGCGCGCGAGGGGGAAGCCCUGGCGCCGGAGACCCGCAACCUUGA